UUCUUUUUUACAGGCAACACGAUGGCGGUAUUCCCAUCCCGUCCACUCAACCCAUCGCGUCUCAAUCUUCUCGUCCGACGAAAUCCCCUGAUAUUCGGUGUUCCAUUCAUACUGCUGAUGGUCGGCACGUCAUACGGAUUAAGCUACUUCACCCAGACGAAAUAUGACCUGCACGACCAACGCGUCAAGCAAGUCACGAAGGAGCAGGAACUCAAGCUGGAGCACGGCAGGCGGAAGUUCGAUAUCAGAGAGGAGUACUUUAGACUGAGCGCGCAGCCUGAAGAAGAUUGGGAUAUGAAACGCGUGCCACGACCUGAGGGGACUCCGGAGUGGGGAGUACCGCCAGAGAACCCGUCGCCCAAAUCCAAGUAG